AUGGACCGUGGCAAUCGUCGUCGCAGAAUUCGCGCAGCCGAACUAGUCCUACGCCGGCCACGCCCGCCGCGGCUAUUACCCUCGAAAGAUGAAGUUGUUCAGCAAGCGACUAUACCCGUUGAUAAGCCUUGCAAGAACAACAACAACGAGGAGUCCACCACGAAGGAGUGCAUCGAUGAAUCCGCUGAUAAUGGAGCUGUGUUAACCCCAAGCACCAAUACCGAUUCCCCCGCAUCGAACAAGGGGAGCUUGAGAUCUUCGAUGUUGGAAUGCCUCUCAUUCGAACUAUCAUCGUCAUCAGCUGCUUCCGACUGUGGAGACGACGAAGUCUUCUUCGAAAGUUUCAUAUCGGAUGAUGACACUUCUCAUAGAAUCGAUUAA